AUGAAUUAAGCUAAUCUCAUUUCGUGUUAAGUUUUGGAUCCUUAAUUGAGACCUCUUCUGAGGGAAAAUAAUGAGACUCCUUUCUAGAGGAAGUCAUUACUCAUCAAAUUUAAUUCUGCAAAAAUCUGUCAAGUUGUUAUUAGUAACUUUCAUAAUUACAUUUUUGAUUAGAAUUAAAUCAGAAACCUAGAAAUAUUGUAGCAACUCUAACCAAUCUCUAGAACUAAUCAUCCAAAACAAAUUAAUAGCCUGUAGAAUUUCACUACUUUACUAACGAGAAUAAAAAAGUCAUUUAUAAUAGCUCUAUUAACACAAAUUAAGUAACAAUGAUUUGAAUUUGUAGCACUACACUUGUCUUCAAAUUAAGAUAGAAUAGGAUGAUAUAUCUUUCUAUAAUAUCCAAUUAUAUGGAGAAGAAAGCACCAAAACGAAAUAAAGCACUUUGGAUAAUUUCAUCCUAAAACCUUCUUAACUUGAUAAUGAUACUGGUACAUUCAAAAAUUUCACGGACGCUUUAUCAUCUAAUAGAGACCCAGCAGGAAGACAAAAAAAGAAUGUGAAUAAAGUUGCGUUGAAAUAGAAAUAAGAUUAUGAGGAAGCAAUACAGAAUAGUUUAAUCAGCGCUUAAUAUGAAUAGAUGAAUUAAAAACAGAUUUAGGAGUCGAAAAAAGAUGGCAAUUCUAGAUAUUAGAAUGAAGAAUUUUAAUUUUAAGAAGAGGAGGAUUUGAGUUUAGAGAUUUUGAUGGAAAAAUAGGACUAACAGCAAUAUUCACAUGAACAGAAGAAGCACCCAUAGGUCAUGCUUGAAAAUCUAGGAUACACUGAUAAAAAAAAUAAUACAGAUUCAAAAAAAGGAUCUCAGCCAUAAUGGAAUAGUGGUGACCAAAUAAAACUGCAUCUUAUGUAAAAGUAUAAACCUGGGGAUAUCAAUUUGGCUUUUAUGAAAAUGCAUUAAUUAAGUAGAAGUCUUUGAUAAUUUGUAGUGGAGCAAUCUAGUGGAGCGAAGAGAUUUCUAGAAAAUGUGAUGUAUAAUUGAUAUUAUAAAAU